AGGUUCCUCCCACCACAUGACGUGACAAGUUCUGAAGACUUAUAAAGAGCAGCGCGGGUGUCCGACCACCAGUUCACCUCACAACUCCAGACGACACACAACCAUGAAGGCAGUGGCUCUGGUAAUCUCUCUGAUGAUUGUGGUGGCGGCACGGGCGAGCCCUCAGGGCUAUGGCGCCACAGGGUCAGGUGGAGGGUCCGCCUCCGCACCCGCCCAAUACAACUUCCAGUGGGACGUGGACGACCAACAAUCAGGCAACUUCUACGGCCACGGGGAACAAGCAAACAACGGCCUCGUCCAGGGCAGGUACUACGUGCGGCUGCCAGACACUCGUCUCCAGCAGGUGGAGUACACCGCUGACGACUCCGGCUACCAUCCCAUCGUUACCUAUGAAGGCGAGGCCCAGUAUGGCGGCGGUUCUGGUGGCGGCGGAUCUGGUGGACAAGGAGGCUACGCCUAGUCAACAGUACAACACUCGGGAACUGUUUACCGUUUUAAUUCCAUAAUUUUUACGCUGUUGUAGAUCGUCUCCGUUGUUUAUUUUCUCUCUGAAACAAUAACUGUUGAGGGAGAAGGUACAGGGUCUUCUGUGUUCAGUCAGACGUGAAACUGUUGUACCAUGGCGGGUGCUCUUCACCUCCUGUUGCCUCGUAGUAUUUUGUUGUAUUUUGUGUUUAAGAGUCAUGCAGGUCUUGAUUUGUUAAUUUGUUAAAAAAAACAAUAUUUUUAUACCCGAGUAAUAAAUACCACGGCAAUAAAUAUUUCUAUAAA